AUGGACCAAUCUCUCCUGGAAACAUUAUUUUCCACUGUACAUCUCAUAUACCACCGCAAUAAAAACCAACACGGUGGAACCGCGUGGUGGAAAUGGUUAUCGAUUCUUCGCCGAUGUCUAGUCAAGCUGGUUGACGGUGCUGGGAAUGAGAAGAAAUGUAUGAAUAUCUCGAGAUAUGUACAUACUCGUGUGAUCCCAAGGGCUUAUAUCGCUUUCUCGACUGUCGUCGCUGAUGGUCAAUUUUCUACGCUGGGGACAGUUCUUGUGGCGGCGCUCGCACAGACGAAGAGAGUUAUCUUGCCGUUACCAUUGCGCCUGCGACGAGAUCUUUCCGUGAAACAGAAGAAAGCACUGUCAUUGCCAGCACAGACACAUACUAAUGACAUGGAGAGCGAUUUUGGCGUCCCCAUACGUCGGGCUGUGGAGCCUUCGAAAGAAAAAGAAGUCGUAUCUAUGCCAAAUAUCAGCGAGAAGAAAUCUUCAAAACGCUCUAGCGAUGCUGAAGAUGUGGCAACACCACCUCCUGCAAAGGACGCAACGACUAAAGUCAAGAAGUCUAAAUCUAAGAAAAAGAAGUCCGGUAAUGCCAUUGAUGACAUUUUUGGUGCGCUGAAAUGA